GCUCCAUUUUGUGCUUCCUUAUGAGAAAUGCAGAUAAAAUUGCAGAUUAUAGAAGAAAAGUUCACCCAAAGUUUUAAAAAAUGCUUGAGAAAUGGUAGCCCAAAGAGCCAACUACCUAUUUUAUUAAUGACUCACAUGGACCAUGCAGGGGAAUAAGAAACAAACAGAUGGACAGAGUGAUUCCUCCAGCAUUGGGAGCCUCCUGGAUGACACAGACAGAGAAGUGUGCAGCCUCACUGACCGAGCUUUCAAAAGUCUAUGUGUGGCUGAGCUUCAAACGCCUUAUGCAGAUGCAGACCCAGCUGGGCCAUCAAACAUCCCCCAUCAGUUCUCUAGUAAAUUCUUUCAUGGCCCAUGGAAUUAUGCCAUCAAGAAAAACACUGACUUUCACAAGCAACUAUCAAAAAAGGAGCAUACAACAUUCCUACUUUCCAAAGUUUCAACAAACUCCAAAACUCGUGAAGAUAAAAAGUGUUUUGUAAACAACCCAAGCAUAAGAAGAAAACUGGAUUUGCCACUGUCUGAUCUGUGCAAUUGUACACAUAUCUCGAAAGUGUCCUCUUUGAUAAAGACCUUUGAUCAGGUUGACAAUCAAGUAUCGCUACUAAUAGCCAAGCAGCCAGUAAACAAUAGUUUGACGGAAUGUCCAUUAAUUUGUGGAGACAACAUGGCCUUCUGGAGUGACAAGACAUUUUUAAACAUCCAAAAGGGAAUCUCUGAAUUUCCUGAACCAUGUCAAAAUAUGGCAAACCCAAGUGAUAAGCGCAAAGGAUAUAACAAAAUAGAUCUGGCCUAUCAAAAGCUACCUGGUUUAUAUCCUUCUCAGGCAAAGGUUUCAAAUACACCCAAAUUCAGUGUCUCUAAACAGAUGGUGAAAAACAGAACUGGGAAAACUAAAGAACUAGCUAGAAAAAGUAGCUUUCUCCACAGUGAAAACAGUGCUUUUGAAUCAUGGAAUGCACAUCAUAAAAAACUAAUUGAAAUGGGAGAAAUGAUGCCCAAAGACGGCAGCCUUACUUACUUUGAAGAAACACCUUUCUUUAAAAAGCCUUGCAUUUCUGAACGGAAAGCAUCUCCUCCCAAAGCAGUAGGUCCCUUUAUUCUAGAAGAAAGCUUCUCUGAUGACUCCUCACCAAAGUCUCUCUCCAAAGCCUCUCUGUCUUCAGGGUCUCUAGCACAGGUAUGUUUUCCUUCACCACCUAAUGCAAAAAAUACUGUUGCCCAACGGUUGCUACCCCAGGUUUCUGGUGUGCCUAUACCUGUAUAUGAGAGUCCUUCACCAACAUCCCUCACAUCUAGCACACUUUUUCCACCAAGAAUGACCCCUUCAGUGAGCACUUCACCAGUUCCAAUCUCAAAGGCUCCAAUUCCAUCAUCGUCUUUCCCCCAAGUCUCUGUUCCUCCAGAAGCAGCAUUCCAUAGCCCUGAUACUCAAGAAAUACUGAUGCCACAAAUUACUUUAUUAGUAGAGAAAACCAAACCAGAAUUUGCACUUAGGGUAGAAAAUGAUUGCCCACCACCACCCUGGAGGAAACAAAAGACUACUCUUAGUAGUAUGAAACUGGCAGAAGUCACAGCAGCUGAAGGGCUAAAAAUAAAAGAUUCCUCAUUCAGAAAGUCCUCCGAUGUCACUCCUCUGGUCAAAACAUCUGCAGCUGAGUCACACAUGGUUUUCUCAGAUCAGCCCAAUCCGUCCUUCAGCAUCUCAACGCUUCUGACUCCAGUCAUACCACUGAAGCAAAAGGAUGAAGACCCAUCAGGAAAUCGGUUAUUAGUGGUAACUCCACUCUUAUUGGAGGCUGGGAUAACCAAAGAUUCUGAGGAGAGAACACUUUAUUCUCAGAAUGAUUAUAAGUCUAAAGCACCACGUUUAUUAUUUAACUUGAAGGAUAUCAGAAAACGUGUAAAAAGCACUUAUAGUCCAUCUCCUCUCCUAAGAGCCUUUGAAGACAAAAGCAAGAUGAAAGAACAGAUCAUCAUGAAAGCAAACGUUACAGCAGCCAAUGUACCAGAGGAUAGCAAUACAAAUAUGCUUGGUAAUACUGAUAAAGUUAAUACAUUUGAACAAAUGGACUAUAUUCAGGAAAAGGACAAUUUCACCAGUUUAAAUGAGAAUCUUAUUGGCAAUGAUGUGAUGAUGAGUUUAUCCAAGUCGAGGGCGUAUAUUUUAAAGUCUCAAAAUAAGAAUCAUUUGCGCCAAAGUAAUUCAGUACACACAGAGGACUUUGAGAUGAUUUCUGCACAUGAACACAAUAAAAGUCAACCUUCUCCUUCACCCAACCCUUAUCCGACUGAUGUGGCAGCUGCACAGCAAGAGGACAUGCAGGAACAUAAAUAUAAAAAAGUCACUUUGGGUCAGGAUGCUGAUGAAGCAUCCAAAAAUCUAUUUUUCCCAGCUGAAGAAAACACAAGCAAUAAUGAAAGUCAGGCCUACUCCUCAACUGGAAAUGACCACAAAGGCAAAAGAAGCACCAGUUCUUCUGAACAAUCUUUUGUUUCCACAGUAGACCAACCAUUUCAUGAGACACCCUCUUCUCUAAUGCAACUUUUCCGGAAAGCGUGUCUUCAAGAAAGCCAGAGAAGGAAGAAUGAUAUAGAUGAAAGAGAAAAGCGAAGUAGCAAAGAAAAAGAGAAAGCCCAGAAAAAGGAUUUACGUGACUACCUUCUUAGCAACUGUGACUUCAAUAUAGAUGAAAUAGACGAGAAGAAUGAAAAUGAGAACGUUCUACAAGAAGCAGUGUCGGAGGAGAAGAAAAAAGACAGAUGGAAAAGCAUGGACUGUGAAUCUGAAAGCAAGCCAGAAGAGCCGCUGACAUCAAAUUCAUUGAAGCCCAAUUUGUUCAUGAUUAAAGACAAUACAUUUAAGUCACCACCUGUGACUAAAGCAAUCAAGUUACCCCUGCUCAGGUCUUUGUCCUGUGAAGAAACCACUCCAAAUGCUCAAGAGAGUCCCAAGAACGCUGUAACAGAGAGACGUGAUGAUGAAUCGGGAUCCAUCCAAGGGAACAUGGGCUGCCAAAUGGCUGAAACAAGUAAUCUAACAGCAUUUUAUAGCUUUAGAGAAGGAUUAGAUAAUUUUCAUAUUCCAGAAAUGAUGGCAGAUUCUGAAGAAACUGACCUUUUAUCAGUGUUAUCAGAGAAAGAAUUUAAAAGCCCUUCCAAAGAGGUCAGAAUUGGAAAACUAAGGCCCAGUUCUGCCUUUCAGCCAAAUCUAGGCUUUGAAAGUGAGCCAAGACAAAAUGAGCAAAGGCCCCCUACAAGAGAAAGGAUAAAUUAUAUGAAGAGUCAUGUCUUAUCUAAACAAAGAGGUGGUUCUUGCAUUAAAAAAAUAAUAAGUCAAGAGAUAAAGUCUCCCAUAGCAACAGAAAAUCAUCCUUGUUCUCCUGUUUCCAGUGAUGCCUUUGGACGCACAUCAACUUUAUUGAAUAAUUCAGCAAGUUCUACUAUACGAAGUCCAAGGUCAGAUAGAAUGGUACCAUCAGCUUUCAAAGGUCCAUCGUCAGAUACAACUUCAAACUUAAACAUAUCAGAGAUUGAAAAAGCAGCAAAUUAUCCACUACCCAAAGCAACAGAGAAUAUAGAUAAACCUUCCCCAACACUCAUGUUUGAUCCAGAACAAACAUGUCAGCUCUCUGGAGAUGCUGACAGUACUUUGGGGACAAAAGAAAGACUUCAGCUGAUGAGUCAAAUGGGAAGGACAGCAGCCAAGCCCCCAACUGUGCCCCCUAAAACAGAAAAGGCAUUACGGAGGGCAAAGAAACUGGCAAAUAAGAGGAAAAAGAUGGAAGCAAAACAGAAAAAGCUUCAGGAUGAACCUCUGUCACAGAAUGAAGAUGCUGCAUCCCUGACACCAGUCCAAUCUCUACGAUCUCUGGUCUGUCCUAAUUCUCCCUUGACUUCUCCAAAAUGUAGUCGGAUAAAGCAACCACCCAUGCCAUCAUUAAGUCCCACACCCUCUUUAUCUGUCACUCAGCGUAAGCUCCUUCAGGAUCCAGAUUCAGGAGAGUAUUUUAUUUUAGAUUUACCAAUUCAAUUAAAGACCUUUUAUGAUCCAGAAAGUGGUAGAUAUAUUCAAGUGUCAGUUCCUCCUUCCAAAAGGAACCGGUCUCAAACGCCCUCUUCAGAAAUUGCCCUUUCUCCUUACAGCUUGUGUCCCAGUGCUCUCCCACCUAGAGUUGCAUCUGUUCCAGCCCUUCCAUCACCAUCUCAACUUUCUGAAACUGCAUCACGUAUGCAGGCUUUGCCCUUGGGGUCAGCUUCAGAUGAGCAACCAGGGGCCUCAUGUCCAGAAUCUUUAGAUGGCCCACCCUGCACUGAUUCAGCUAUGUUUGAUACUCAUAGUAAAAAUGUUGAUGGAUCACCAUCUAACUCUGAAAAGGAUAUGAGCACCUCUGCUACUACAGAGAACAUUUCAGUCGGUUCAGCUGAAGCUGUUGAAGCUGUUGAAGGUAUAUUGUGAGAGUAUUUGGUGUUUGCUAUUAUUUUAGAAGAAUUACUAUACUGUACAUACCUGAAAGCACAAAAGUAAAAGGUGGAGAUUUCCACUUGCACAGCAUUUAUAACAAAAUAACUUCUCAGCCUUUUCACUAAGAUCAAAUGUAGAAUAAGAAAAGCUAGUAAUGCAAAUUCACUUUUUUGUUUACUCUGAAAAAUUCUAAUCUAUCAGUGAAAUUUCUGUACGUUUGAUGUACAGUGCAGAAAUACUUUGAUCUGAUUGUUUAAAAGUUAGGUUGGAGCAAUCUGAAUUCAUACCUCAUGGUUAGGUUCUUCAUGGUCAAAAAUAUAAUUCUGAGUUCAAACUUCAGGUUUUAUACAAUCUGGAGAGAAACUGGAGUAUAACUUCAGGUUUUGAAACUGAGUGAUUGAAUGAGAUCUGAUUGACAUAUUUGAAUUGAAAUAUGUGCGCAUUUCUUAUUUCUGUUUUCUAUUGCUUAUUAUGUUGGCACCGCAGUGAAAAAGAAAAUUAGCAUUUUCUUUUCAAAAAUUAUCUGUACAAUUGUGAGACUAUUUAAAAAAGACCAGGCAAGGCCUAGACCUAGCUAACCUCUUUACACUCUCACUCUGAAUGGCCAGUGAUCAGCAAUCAUGUAGGUUUUCAUCUAAAACGUCAGGAGGUCACCAGAUGGUCAACUUCUGCUGACGAAAACAGAAAUUAAGAAAAAAGAGCAGGGGUGGGCAACAAGCAGCCCUGGGCCCCUUUACUACCCCAUCAAGAGCCUUCCAGUUGCAACUGACAAAAUCAGUUGCAAGGUUUCUGGCCAUUUUGAGACAGGAAAUCCACAGCUUCUGUUAUAUCACCUUAAAGUAGACUUUAUACAAAUAGAAUCCACAAAUUCUGUUAUAUCGCCUUAAGAUAGACUUUAUGGUAAACGCACAUACACAGGGUCACAGGGAAAUUUUAGAAGUGCUGACUUCACAUCAUCUUCUUGUGAAUUGGACCUCUCAAGUUUUUUCCGAAAGAACCCCCUCCCCUCCCCCAAAUCUCUAAAGAUUUUGGAACAAAAACAUUUACCAAUUUGAUUCACUCUAUUUAAAUAAUAUUUUAUAGAUUCCUCUGAAGGUAUUAGUUCCCUGCCAGUGGCAAACUAGCAAGAUGGAAGGACGGGUGGAGAUUAUUGAUCUACUCCCUCCUCCAAGUGUUAU